AUAGCAGAUUGUUAACACACCCGUUUCAUGACGUAUUUCCUGAGAUUUGUAGGCCAGGUCUAGUGACAAAGAAUGGAGUGUGGGUUCGUUGCUGAACCUGCACUGUUAAAGCACAUAGUGUCGUCUGUAACGUGAACACUUCAUACAGUUUGCAGGUGAAUGUUGCUUUGUUGCACGACAUGCCGUGAGUCUAAAGAAAGCGGCGGCUACAGAGGACCAAAGGGAAGAAAUCAGCAGUAGUGAAAGUUUGUCUCCGGGUUGAAGGAGCUUUUGGAACGCGAUGCUGAGUUCGGGCUCGCGUGGAUGGCACGUAUGCACGCGCGUGGAGGUUUCCAGGUUCCGUUUCAGAUUGAGCGCGUGCAGGUUUGACGUGUCGCAAUGAGAAUCCUGGGAAACAGCGCAGCCACGAAAAAGGAGAAAUAUGACUCUGAAAACGGAAUUUUCCGCCGUGAAUAACGUACUGACAGCUUAAUUGUGCCGGCCGCCUUUGUAGGAGGAGCCGUGUUUUGUUAAGGCGCGUGGACACACGCCAGUGAGUAAUGUCAAGCAGCGCGUGCCAGAAUGUGUGACCGUUGGUAUUUAAAAAUAAGUUAGUCCACGUGAGCUUGUAAAGACGCCUUGGGAUACUUUGUGAUGCUGGUGUUCCGAUAGCGGCUUUGUUCUUAUACCAGACGCUGAAGCUCGGUACACGUUGGCUGUUCGCACAACUCACUGACUUUCUCAGUGACUUAAUUUUGUCUUUUAAACAAUGGAAAUUGAACGCGACGAUAUUUUUAACCCGCUUUGAAGACGCAGCAGCUGAGAAGUUGCAAGAGAUAAUAGAUGGCUGGUGAAUAAGUGGCAACGUUGUUGUUUUGUGGUUGUGGUGCUCAUGGAGGUCCGCUGGCUCCUGCUGCAGCUCAGAACCAGUCUGCUGCUCCUGAGCUUGAUGGUACAGUCUGUAUCCAGCCGAGGUGUGUACACCAAUUUCUGGGCCGUUCACAUACAUGGGGGAAAGGAGGAGGCCCAGCGCAUAGCCCACAAGCACAACUUCAUCAACCACGGCAAUGUGUUUGGGGACUAUUAUCAUUUUCAGCACAGGCACGUUGUGAAGAGGUCUCUGUCUGGCCACGAUGAUGUUCAUGCACAUUUGCUCUCUGAACCACAGGUGGUUUGGGCGGAACAGCAGGUUGCCAGGAGGAGGAGGAAGAGGGAUAUUUACAGCGAGCUGACAGACCCAAGGUUCCCCCAGCAGUGGUACCUAUACAACCCGAGUCGGCAAGACCUGCAGGUGAAAGAAGCCUGGGCUCAGGGCUUCACAGGGAGGGGCGUCGUCAUUACCAUCCUGGAUGAUGGCAUCGAGAAAGAUCACCCAGACCUGGUGCAGAAUUAUGAUCCAGAUGCAAGUUAUGAUGUGAAUGACAGAGAUUCUGACCCACAGCCCAGAUACACACAACUGAAUGACAACAGACAUGGGACUCGCUGUGCUGGAGAGGUGGCUGCUGCAGCGAACAAUGGUGUCUGUGGUGUAGGUGUAGCCUACAAUGCCAAAAUUGGGGGUGUGCGCAUGUUGGAUGGUGAAGUGACAGAUGUGGUGGAGGCUCAGUCUCUAAGCAUCAACAAUCAGCACAUAGAUAUUUACAGUGCCAGCUGGGGCCCAGAGGAUGAUGGGAAGACAGUGGACGGCCCUGCCAAGCUGGCUAAGGAGGCGUUUCUGCAAGGAGUCACUGAGGGUCGAGGCGGUCUGGGCUCUAUUUUUGUGUGGGCCUCAGGAAACGGUGGCCGGGAGAAGGACAGCUGUAACUGUGAUGGCUACACCAACAGCAUCUACACACUGUCCAUUAGCAGCACGACUCAGUAUGGCAAUGUGCCGUGGUAUAGCGAGGCCUGCUCCUCCACACUCGCUACCACCUACAGCAGUGGGAACCUCAAUGAGAAACAGAUUGUGACAACCGAUCUAAGGAAGAAGUGCACGGACUCACACACUGGCACGUCUGCUUCAGCCCCUCUGGCUGCAGGCAUUAUUGCUCUUGCCCUGGAAGCUAAUAAGAAUUUGACCUGGAGGGACAUGCAACACCUGGUGAUUAGAGCAGCUCGUCCCGCCCACCUCAUUACAAACGAUUGGAGGACCAAUGGCGUUGGCCGCUUGGUGAGUCACUCAUAUGGCUAUGGUCUGCUAGACGCAAGUGCUAUGGUGGCAUUGGCCCAGAACUGGACCAGCGUGGGGCCACAACACAAGUGUGUUAUCGACAUGCUUUCUGAGCCCAGGGAUGUGAGAAAUCAUCUGGUGUUCAGUAAGAGUGUGGAUGCCUGUUUAGGACAGACUGAUUUUGUAAGUUCACUGGAGCAUGUGCAGGCCAGACUCUCACUGUCAUAUACACACAGAGGGAACCUGGCCAUCCACCUCUUCAGCCCUCUGGGGACCCGUUCCACACUGCUGGCUCCCAGGCCCCAGGACAACUCGCCAGAGGGUUUCAAUGACUGGGCCUUCAUGACAACACACGCGUGGGAUGAGGACCCACAAGGAGAGUGGACACUGGAAAUAGAGAAUGUGGCUGGGCUUAAUGAUUAUGGUGUUCUAUCGCAGUUCACACUAAUCCUAUACGGAACAGGCCCCAGUGCUGUGGACCCAUCUGCUUCAGAUUUCAUUCGGCCUUCCAACAACAGCUGUAAAACCUUUGAUGCACAACAGAUCUGCAUUGAGUGCAGUGCUGGUUUGUGGCUCUUUCUGCAAGGCUGUGUGAAAUCCUGUCCUCCAGGGUUUACGCCCGGCCUGCAGCUCCUUAACCUCUCCCUGGAGAACUGGGUAGAGCAAUCCUCGGUGCAGGCAUGCCUGGUCUGCCACCUUGCAUGUCUGACAUGCUCUGGGCCUGGUGAGGCCGAGUGCCUCUCUUGCCCACCCCAUAGCCACCUAGUGGGCACAUCGUGUCUGUACCAGAACCAGGUGCAGCGUAAAUCUCCAGUCAGUCCAGUGUUUCACAGUGAGGAAGGUGAUGAGGCCGUCUCAGAGAUGCCCAAAAUGGAGUCCUCCUCACAUCUGCCUGUACUUGUGACCGUGCUGAGCUGUGCCUUCAUUCUGGCUACGUUUGCAGCUGUUUUUGUGCUACUACAGUUGCACUCAGGAGCAGCCAGUGCCCCCUUCUGUAGGAGGACCAAACUACAAGUGACGGACUCAAGCGGCAGAGGAGUGCGGGUUGGAUUUGGCUUUGGCUUUGGAUUGAGUCGGGACUUGACUAACAGCAGGGUGUUGUACAGAGGGAUUCCCGCUGUGUGGGGGGACGAGGACACUGCAGGUGGGGUCAAUUCUGAAUCAGAGAAUGAAGAACUGGACUGCCACAGUGAAAAGACAGCUUUUAUACAGACACCAAGUGGUCUCUAGUGCCCCCAAUGACCCAUAUCCCACUUUUCACAUGCCUCAGUCUUCCUCUCGCAGGGCGAGUGAGCUGAUCGGAUCACUUUUUUUCCUCCCCAUCUCUCACACCUUAUACAUUGUAGUCAAGCAACCGGAUUGGAGAUGAGACACAUUUGCAAUUUGCAAUUCACGCCUUUCAAUUUUUUGGACUCUGCCAAGAGAGCGCACACAUGCACACGCACACACACAAAUAGCUAUGUGUAUGUUCAGGAGGGAAACAUGAGAUAUUCUUGUUGUUGGAUUUAAAUCUCUGAUGACUCUUAGCAGGAUAGCCUGUCUCCACAAAUCUGGAAGUUCUCUUUAUAUUUAAUUGAUUUUAAAUCCCUUUAUUCUGAAUGCUCAGCGGUGGUACAAGUCAUGAGAUUCAAACUGCAAAUUAAGUUCGGUGUGUGUGAGAAUGAAUGCUAAUGUUUCAUUUAGAGCUGGAAAAGGGCUGAAUUUACUCCAGUUGGCCUUUUAUCAUCAGUGGUCUAGACUGAAUUUAUGCACAAUAAUAUUUGAUUAGCCAGAGACCACUGCAUGAAGCCCAUAGUAUGUAGUUAUCAUCAAUGCAUUUUAAGCCAAAACAUCAUAUGUAGUCUCUCACUUUCUGUGUCAGUUUGUUACAUUUCUAUAUUUGUGAUAUUUAUUACUUAAAGAGAUCUCAGUAAGACAUCAGAUUAUUUCAGGUCGCUUGAAAUCAUUCUGAAAACAGUGGAGGUAGACAAGAGAGGCAUUUGAGAAUAACAGCCUCAAAGAGAGUCUGAGAAAGCCCUUAAGCAAUCAGCAACCAGGAACUCAACCAAUAGGGAGCACAAAAUAUUGUUGUAACGCUGCCCAUGCACUAGUCUGUCUGCUGAAAGCCUUACCAGAUAGAAGCAUGCUGAACAUUCAAAUUCAGCACCCAUAGGACAGUUGCAAGCUCUCUUUAAAUUAUAAUGAAGCGGGUUGAGUCAGGCUGUAAAUUUGGAUAAUCCUGUGGAAAUUAUUCCAAAAGGAGAACCUUUGACAAGUUUGUAGAUCCAUCUUUUAUUUAGGCUCCACCACCACCAACCAAUCACAGUGAAAUAGAAACCUAAUGAUUAUCAACAGCAGUAGCUUGUAUAUGCACUGAUACACCAUGGCAAAACAAAGGUCUAGUUUUGUCCAAUUUACAUUAUCUAUUCAUUGGUAGAUUUAAUUAAAGUACAUCAUGAAUAGAUUUAUCUUGUAGAUGAUGGCUUGCCGGUUUCAGUUCUGCAGGCCAGCACAAGGUCCUGCUCAUAGACGCCUGAUUAAAAUCCAGCGGUUAAUUAGAAAGUUUAAUAAAAGGGUAAGAACAGGGAGAUCAAACUAUACUGGAUUCCAGACUGUGCUUGAACACUGCUGGUCUAGAUUAACACUUCACAACUUCUGACAACCCAAUCCCUGGAGCUUUAAAGCUGAAUAAUAUAGAUAAACACAACAUAUGUACACUCCUUGGCCAACUAUAAGGCCUGUCAUGAGUUGGGUCAAGUGUGUUAGGUGUUAGUUAACCUUAACAGUGUGCAGGGCAGGGGGUCCUAAAACUGGAUUGGAGAAACUGAUCUAGAUCAAGCCCAAGAAAGAGACUUGUUGUGGGUAAAUUGGCUUGGAACAUCAGGGAGUUGAAAUAACCUUGUAUAAUGAGUUUUCUCUUUUCUCAUGCGGUGGGCAAAGUAAUUUUCUUUGCCCCAAAGGAAGCUUUAUUGAUUUUGUGGUUUGAUGCACUAAAAGCUGUCAGAACCAUUGUGGUAAGGGGCUCAAGAGAGUUUUUGGCAUUUGUUUCACAGAAGAUCAAUGUUAGCCCAGUGAUUGGCUCUCUGUGUGUUCCAAGCUUUGGAUUUUGUUAUAGUGUAAAUGCAGUAAACACUACAAACCUCUAUGGUAGAAAUGCCACUCAUGUACAGCACUAAUAAUUCCCCUGUUCAGAAAUAAUAGGUAUGAAGAACAACACAUUCCACCUUUCAAUCAUGUGUCCAUAAAUUUAAGAAACAAACAUCUUAUUAAAUGAAGUGAAUUAAAUCCACUCUGGUUUUGAAUGUCAUUUAAAAAAAAGUGUUUAUUCUAAAUCUCUUUAAUAGUUAUUCUAAAUACUGGCCACAAUGGGUACACCUGCUCAUCCAUCCAAUUAUCCUAUAAGCUAACCUGGCAGCAGUGUAAUGGAUAAAAUCACACCAGUGCCGGUCCAGAUCCUUGGUUAAUGAUCAAACAUCAGAAUGGGGGGGUGUUGGGGGGAGGGAUCUCAGAAUCUUACCUAUAGUAGCAGUUAGUGUGCUUUUAGAGAGAAAAAAAAUGCUGGUGGUUUCAGAAUAAUGUAUUUCCUGGAGUGAUAAAGCUUUGUAGUGCAGAACAGGAAACGAUUGUGGAAAGGUUGCAUAUUUAUACUAAGAAAUAUAAACAUGCUAAUCCUAUUCUGAAAGUCAUCCACGGCUUUACAUUUAUAACCCAUUGUUCACUGUGUGGUUAAUGCACUGGAAGAGCAUUAAUAGAGUGGCAAAUCUUUUAUUUAUCAGUGACUGAUGCAAGAACGUCCAUGCUCUCUAAAGCAUGACAAGAUAUAGUUUAUGGAAAUAGUAUAUAGAAAAUUAUUUCCAUAAUUAACUCCACUGGGAGAGAGGACCAACUCUAAUUCACGCCUAGAGCAACUGCAUGCCUGGCAUUAUAACUAGGAUACAACACGUGUGCUUCUGGGGCAUAGAAACUCAGAUUCUCUUGACUUCCCUUAUAAUAGAUGCUUCCUAUUCAUCAUUAUUUUCAGUAUCUUCAACAUGUUUAUGUUAAAAAUGCAAUCAUCUGUUCCUCUGACAGUUCUUACCUAUUGAGUCUGAACUCCUGGCUGCUUGUUAAAGGUUUCACUACAGCUGAAGCUGAGGUUGCCAGUUUAUCAUAUCCAAAUCACAGUAAGUGCACCUGAUUAUUUCUGCCAGAUGUUUCUCCAGCCUCAAAUUAAUCUCAUUACUCUUGUCGAGGGAGGUGUGCAAGCACCACUGUGAAACUUCAUACUCUGUGCUCAAUAUGUGCUCCAUUAAUCCAGUUGCCUGCUGACUGAAUGUCAUUUGAGUGAAAGUUGUGAAUUCUUAAGUCAAAUAAAAACCAUGUAGACCAGUCAAGUUUAGCCAAAUUGUAAACACAUUCUGCAAAGACUGCUGUCAGAAGCAAUAUUAUUUCUCUUGACUAGAUUAAAAAUCAUUAACACAAUCUUAAAGGUUCCAUCUUAUUGCUCAGAAAUAUACUGACACCCUACCUUCCCUGUCAGCCAGCAACCUUCAGAAGUGCUCUUUGAAAGUCUGUUACAUGAGGAGUAAAAAAGAAAAUCAAUAUUGGUUUCAGACAAGCCAAACUGAUGUGCAGUGUUUUUAAUAUGCACUGUUGGCUAAACUAAGUAGACCACAUUAAACAAGCUCCUCAUACCUGAAUGUAAUUUAUGUAGUUAACAGUGGCCCUUCAAGUUAAGUCAUGUAUAAAUCUUUUAUGCUGUAACAUUGACCCAUUUUGUGCUUUCUUUGUAGCAGCUAAAACAAACAAAAGCAUUGAUGCUGAUAUUCCUUAAAAUGUUUCUGCCUACGCCACUGUGACGUUCUUUAAAGCUUAUACGUUCAAAUAUCAACGAUCAGGCUUAGUCAAUGGCAUUUAAUGUUCAAAUUGUACAAAAACACAAACCCUACAUUUGUACCUCUCUCUAUUCAAACCUGCCCUCUAUGAACUGAAUGAUUUCUCCUUCAUGACCUUUCCAACUACAUCAGCUGCACAGCUGUCUUACUUUAUCAACCCUCUGACACAAGAUUUCAAUUCUCUGCUGCUUCUCUCCCUUGUAUUCUGGCAGGCAGAUUGAUCAGUAAUGGAGAGAACUCUCUCUGAAGUCUUCUCAACCCCAGGGCAGCUUCAGAAUCAGUUUGCUUCACCUAAAUGCUGACCUCCAUCAUUGGAUGACAAGCCCUGAUUUCUUCUCAGAAACUCGAUUUUUAACCAGAAUCUCACUUUUUCCGUGAAACUAGUGCAUCACCGGGGUCAAAAAGUCUCUCCAUUUCUCUACAGAAACCACUACAGCAUCCACAUCAGUCAGAAUCAGUAGUUUUCCCAGUAUUUGGACUAUAGGAAGUGGAUGAAAGGGCAUCGGUGAAGGAUCGCAGUUUCUAGAUUUACAUGAAGUUUCUUACUGCCCCCUGCCUGUGCAAUACAGACAAACACCCAGGGAUGCUUCUGUAAUAUAAACCAGAACAGACAUGCCUGUAGCAAGGUUUCCACUUUCUUAUUAGAAUAAUGUUUUCUUUCUGAUUUAUUCUGUAUUCAGCUUGAGAGUGUGUAUGGCAUAAGCAAUGGUCAGACAGAAUGACAUUACAUUAUAAUGCCAUGGCUGAUGUUUAUUAAAUAUCAACUUUAGCUACUUUG